AUGUUCAUGACUGAGAAGAAGGUGCGCGAAUUUAACCUUUGGGCAUUUUUUCGCUCUUUGGUUGCUUGUCAAAACGGCAAUCGUAUCGUUUGCGUUGUUCAAGAUUUGGAUCAAACGCCAAAUUCCGUCAGGCUCUUGCGAACCCUACAGAGCGUGAUGGACAACAGCUGCUCUUGGUUCCGGCUCAUCCUUAGCGAUAAGACCACGCGUACAUUUAAUCCUGAGUUCCCUCAGACCGCUGGAAUGACGAUUACGCUCCCACCAAACAAGCAAAACUUCACAGACAUUGUUGAAGACGAAAUGGCUGCUCUGUUCGCCACACGACCCGGUCUCUCUAGUGUCAAGAACGAGAUUCUUGCGGAAAUCCACUCAGUAUUUGGCAGUGAUUCCACAAUGAAUGCUCGGGGCGAUCUAUAUGUCUCUUCCAUAGUCAAGUCGUGGUUGUCGAUCCUGGUGGAAGAUGGCAGUCCUAUCACCAGGUCAUCGAUCACAGAGACAGCGAGGCUCCUACCAUCCACUCUCGAUGGGAUGUAUCUCGAAUUACUCCAACAUGUUGCUGUACGCAGCAGGUAUUCUGGAAUAAUGCGUGCUGUCCUCUGGGGCUUGCGCGCAUUUCGGCCACUGAAGAUUUCACAACUCGCAUUGGCAGCAGCUAUUGAAACCGAUGAUCUUCAAAGCAUCGACACGCUUGAGAAUAGGAAGCCCGUCGACCUUGUGUGGGAUAUUGAAAUAGCCUUCGGCGGUCUCGUCUAUCUUGAGGACAACCAGAUCAAACCUCGUCAACUUUUAUUUCGAGAUUGUGUCGUGCAGAACCACCGUGGACCAUGUCAGGAAGCUUGUCCACUGUGCCAGGAAAGCCACGCAGUCAUUGCGCGGAAAUGCUUGACAUUCAUCCACAUGUAUGCUGGGGCCAAGGCCAAGCAGAAUCGAGUAUUUACUGAAGACGAAUCCGCCCUCUUUCAUUACGCUGUGAGGCAUUGGCCCGACCACUACGAACAACAUCAGCUUUUGAGAUCUGUACCGCAAGGCACAUUGUCCGAGCCUAUUGAUUUCCAAUACCUUUCCAAGGAGAAUGAUGUCCUUUCUGAAUGGGCAACGGAGUAUCUUGCGCUCUACUCCCAAGGGAAUCCAACUGGUUUAAAAGAUCCCAUAAUCGCCGCUACUGCUGCCGGCUGCCUUGAGCUGGUCAAGUCCCUAAUAAAAAGCCCACAGAUAAGCGGAGAGUCUGUCGCAGCAUGUCUCGAGAUAGCAAUGGCAAGUGAGAAUGAUGCUCUCACACGGCUUCUAAUGAACAAUGACGCGAAAUGUUUGUACCCGUUACACACUGCUUCCUUAGCAGUACGCCCGGACAUUAUUGCUCGUUUCUUUACGCCGCAAUGCGAUCUAGAAGUACAUAAUGAAUGUGGACUGACGCCCCUCCAAGUCGCCUGUAAAUCGGGAAAUCUUCCCGUGGUAGAGCUUCUGCUACGCGAGGGCUCACGUGCGGAUAGCAUAACAUCCACCGGCAAGCAGACCCCCCUGCAUUUGGCCUGCCAGUAUGGAUACCCAGAAAUUGUCACCAGGUUGCUCAUUAUGAAUGACGUCGAUCCAAAUGCGAAGGAUGAAAAUGGGAGAACACCAUUGCAUGUUGCAUGCCAAUGGCUGCAGCCAAGAACUGUUGAAAGACUCCUUCACUUCGUCGACAAUCCAUCAACAGUGCAUAUUGAGGAGGUUGAUCAGGAUGAAAGCACUGCCUUCCACCUGGUAGCCCAGCUGGGCCGCUUGGAUAUUCUUCAAUCUAUCGUUAGCUACGCCAACUCAAGUCCGAGAUACCACAAAGAAGAACUGGAUCAGCUUCUUCUACAGGAAAACGCACGUGGGGAGACACCUUUGUAUCUGGCAGCGGAUGCGGGUCACAUGAACGUGAUCGGUGAACUUUUGAGCCGAGAUGGCUUCCUGGCGCUAUUGAAACGUGACAGCGCUCAUCACAUCCCUCUGUGUGCGGCCGUCCGGAAUCGACAUACAGCUGCCGCCAGGACUCUGAUAAGCCAACUACCGCCAGAGCUGCUGAAAGGACAACUCCAGCCUGAACCCACAGAUACGGGGAAACAGCGUUGUCCAAUUCAUAUUGCUGUCGAAGUGAGCGACUAUGAUGUAGCUGAAAUUCUUUGUAAGGCUCAUCAAGCUCACGAGGUGUCACUGGACCUGUUCUACGGCGAAGAGGAACUGACGCCUUUGCAUAUUGCUGUCAAGAGUGAAAGCGUUGAUAUGACGGAUUUAUUGCUUUCGUACACUGCCACUCCGAACAUUGUGGACGAUAAAGGAAUGACACCACUCUCAUUUGCCUGCAAACUGGGAAACUUGCGGCUCGUGAAAGCUUUACUUGAGAAGAAUGCCGAUAUAGACAGUGUGGAUAAAGACGGGAAAACUCCAUUACACUUUGCGUCGUCCGGUGAACACCUGGAAGUUGUGGGGCUGUUGCUCAAGAGGGGUGUUAAUCCGAACAUUGAGGAUGAUAAAAAAAUGACGCCGGUCUUAUUUGCCUGCAAAAUGGGCAACCUGCAGAUCGUGAAAGCGUUACUUGCGGAAAAGGCUGAUCUACGCAGCGUGGAUGAAGACGGGAACACUUCGUUACACCUUGCGGCGUUUGGUGGACAUCCGGAAGUUGUGGGCCUGUUGCUUGAGAAUGGUGCCGAUAUUUCUCAACGGAAUUUGAGAGAGGAGUGUCCUCUGGCCGUAGCGAGCACUCAAACUGUGAUGCUUGUCAUGAUUGAUAAAGCAAUCAGUAACCAGUCGUUGGACAACAACCUUGCCAAUCAAGCUUUGCAUGAGGCUGCCGAAAAAGGUUUCGGUGAAGUUAUCAGCCGGUAUCUACAAGGCAAACUCUGUUGUGAGUUGCAGCCUGAUGAUCAAGAGCAGACAUUGUACCACCGCGCUGUUCUGGGAAAGAGUAGAAAUAUCCUGAAAGAACUUCUAGAUCGUGGGGUCCCUGGUUACGAUGCUUUCGAUAAGCAAAAACGAACCCCGAUCUUCCUUGCCAUUGAGAAGGGACACUCACAAAUUGUGGAGUUGCUUCUCGACAAGUCUGCUGGUCAGCUGGCUAUACCCGAUUCCAACGAAGAUGUGGCGUUGCUCUUGGCGGCCGAGCAAGGCAGGUUGGAGGGGGGACAUGCCAAGGUUCUUGAGCGCCUGAGUGAGUAUAAUGUCGCUGGUUUGAACCACAAAAACAACGAGGGCCAAACACCACUUAUUCUAGCGGCCUCGGCUGGCCAGUUCGAGGCAGUCGAAUAUCUGUUGGAACAAAAGGCUCAAAUUCACGAAAAAGACUCUUCCGGAUGCACAGCAUUGCACAGGGCAGCCCAAAAAGGCGACAGCGGUGUAGUUGAGGCACUUCUGAAGGCAGAUGGCGCUGAGAAAGAUGCCCAGAAUAAUGACGGAGAGACGCCCCUUUAUAUCGCCGCUUAUUGUGGCAACAUUGAUGCCGUCAAAAUUCUGAUCGAGUACCAAUGCUCUGUCACCAUUCCUGAGAAAGAUGGGUGGCAGCCCUUGACUGCGGCCUAUGAUAAUGCGGAAAUUCUGAGAAUCCUAGUUGAGAAGGCCAACGCGGAUGUUCACUGCACAAAGGUAUCCGAUGGCUGGACAGUCCUUCAUUAUGCAGUUGCUUUUGUACGGCAUGACUCUGUCAGAACUCUGCUAGAACUAAAAGCAGACCCAUUUCGGCCUAACGAUUACGGAAUCACAGCGAUACAUACGGCUGCGGAUGGGCCAUCUAAAAGCGAAAUCAUGAGGACUUUGCUUGAAAGCCUCUCCGACGAGGAUAAGGCCAGACUUGACAUUGGUGAUGAGGAUGGCAACACCGCACUCAAGGUAGCAAUUGAUGCGCACAGCACUCAAUCUGCCUGCCUCCUGCUGGAAUUUGGGCAGCUGGACCAGAACCAACUCUUUGAGGAUGAACAACCACUAGUGGCCCUGGCGCAAGAGGAGAAGAUGCACGAUUUGGUCGAUUGGCUUCUCGGCUUUGAGCCUAUGAAGCUCAACAAAGCAAGUCUACUGGCACUCGUUGGCAUUAGCACAAAACAGCGCGACCAAGAUGUGCAAGAUCGUGCGAUGAAAUGCCUUGAGGACCAAGACUUUGAUAAGCUUCUUCCUGUUGCCAUGGCCACUGAUGAUCCACGCCUUCUGAGGCAAGUAGCCCAAUCUCACCCAGAUCCCAACUAUCGAGAUGAGCAUGGAUGGACUUUCAGCCAAGUCAUGGCUGCUGCAGGGCUGGAGGACAAAUCCUCUUCACCACCCUUAUCGUCAGAGAAUGAUCAUGAUCAUCGGGGGCCUUCGGCGUGGAGCACGCACCCCGAGCUGACUAUCCAUUACGACACCGACGAACGGUACGGGAAGUUGGUGGUGAAAUCGGAUCAUCCCAUUCCCCUUAAUCAGAAAUUCUAUUUCGAGGUUCUAGUCAUGGAGCUAACAGAAAUAUCAGAUAUUGUUGGCAUCGGAUUUGGCCAUCAGUUCACUUCGGAAAAUUCAAUGCCUGGGUGGGAGAGCAUUAGUUGGGGCCUCCAUGGGGACGAUGGCGGUCUAUAUCACAAAGGCUACGCCUUCGAAAUGAAAGAAGAGUGGACUUACAGAAAGGAUGACUGCAUAGGAUGCCUCAUAGAUCCUGUGCAGAAGAGGGCCUUUUUCACCAAGAAUGGUGAGCCCCUAGUGUGCUUUACGAAGAUCUACGGUCGUCUUUUUCCGAUGGUAGCACUCGGCCCCAAGGUCAAGGUCAUGGCCAAUUUCGGGAAGGAUGAGUUGAGUCCGUUUCAAUAUAGCGGAGCUGAUCUGGAUUAUGCGAACAUGCAGAUUCAGGAGGUUGAUGGCGAAGACUAA